CGUGCUCGUAGCACAGUCGCGAGUCAACCUACGAACUAUGGUAUAGGGUUUUUCUUUACCCCCCAACCCUCCAAAUAGGGAAAAAGAAAAAAAGGAAAACCCUGAUUCCCAAAAUUGCACAACAGGACAUGCUGCUUGUUCAACUUAUUCAUCCUAUUCUUCUUCUUCUUCUUCUUCAGUCGUUCCUUGUCAUCGAUCAAUGGGUAUCAUGACCACCACUCACCGCAAGCGCACCCAAGAAUGCAUGAACUUCCCCCAUUUUCAAUCCCACCAGAUUCCCCAAUCUCCCAUUCCCUCUAUUUCUCAUACUAAGCGACCUAAAUUAUCACCUUCUAUUAUACCCACACCUACACCCGCCACCCGACCCCUUUCCACCGCCACCACCGCCACUGGUAACCGGAUCUCCCGGUACCCUGAGCCCAAGGGGCCCUUCCGCAGGGAGGUUCACGCUCCUUGCAGGCCCAAUAAAUUCGUUUUUUCGGGCUCCAGGGUUGCUAGGGUUACCGCAUAUUCGCAGCGGAACGACGAGCACAUUGGUGGCGACGGCAUGGGAAGCUUUUUGGCGCGAAGCUACGGGAUUGUGAAGCAAGCGGUGUACGAUUUCACUGGGAAGGGGAAGAAGGAGGUGGUGGAAUUGGACGCUGAUGAGCGCGGGCAGGACGAGGCUUCGGAGGAUUUGAGCGUUCGAGAGGUUGAGAAUGUCGAAAUUGGGGGGGACGGGAGGUCGCUGGUGGCGGACAAGAGGUGGAUUAGGAGUGAUGCAGUUGUGGUUGAGGUGCCGGAGGUGGAAUUCGUAGAUGCUAGGGUUGGGGACGGGGGGAAGUCAACGUCGACGGUGGUGGAUUCGGAGUUGACUAAUAGUGGUUUGAAGAUGGUGGCGAAUGAUGCUGCAGGGAUGGGUUUGGCUGCUCUGAUCCGUGAGCAUGAGCAGAACCCUGAAAAUGUUCAUCUUUAUAAGAAGUUGCUUCUGGCAGCUGGCAGAAGAGACGACAAACUCGGGUGGCUGAGCUUUGAAAUUGAGCUGAACGAGAAAAAGAUAGCUGGAUUCGAAUUGUUGCGGCCGAAGAAGGCAGAACCAGUUGAGGAAGUACCACGUGAACCAUUUCUCGCACUUACAGAGGAAGAGGAAGAUGAGGUUGCAAGUGCCUUUUCAGCCAACCGAAGGAAGAUCUUGGUUACACACGAUGAAUCCAACAUUGAGAUAAGUGGAGAAAAGUUUCAGUGCCUUAGGCCAGGUGCAUGGUUGAACGAUGAGGUGAUAAAUUUGUACCUUGAGUUGCUGAAAGAGAGGGAGAAAAGAGACCCACAGAGGUUUCUUAAAUGCCAUUUUUUCAAUACAUUUUUCUACAAAAAGCUAAUAAGUGGCAGGAGUGGUUAUGAUUUCAAAUCUGUCAGAAGAUGGACCAGCCAAAGGAAAUUAGGAUAUGGUCUAAUUGAAUGUGAUAAAAUUUUUGUGCCUAUACAUAAAGAGAUCCACUGGUGCUUGGCUAUUAUCAAUAAGAAAGAUCAGAAAUUCCAGUAUCUUGACUCAUUGAAAGGAAUGGACAACCAAGUGCUGAAAGUACUGGCUAGAUAUUAUGUGGACGAGGUGAAGGACAAGACUGGUAAAGACCUAGAUGUGAGUUCUUGGGAAAAAGAAUUCGUUGAAGACCUUCCUGAGCAGGAGAAUGGGUAUGAUUGUGGGGUGUUUAUGAUCAAAUAUGCCGACUUCUAUAGUAGAGGCCUGGGGCUGUGUUUUAACCAGGAACAUAUGCCCUACUUCCGCCAGAGGACAGCUAAGGAGAUCUUGAGAUUGAGAGCUGAAUAAGCAAAGGAGACAGUGACUUCUCAUAAGUAAUCAGAUGCGCUAUUGCCCCCACCAAAGCUGGAUUUUGAGAUUCAGAAGGCCAGUAAUAUCUAUUUUUGCAGCACAUGUUGAUGAAGGAUUCUUCAAAUUUUCCUGUGUUAAUGAUAGCCAUUCUAGAGUUGGAGCAUUUCAUAGCUUGCUGACCAUAAAUAUGGUACAAGUAUCCGGGUAGAGCCUGUCUACUAGUGUAGAAUGCAGUAGGAUGUAUAUGCUAUUUAUACAAGUGUGAAUCAUUUAGUUGAAGAUGAGGCAUUAUUUUUAAGGCUUAGGUGUUAGUCGUGUAAUGGUAAAUAUGCUUCCCAAUUUUGGAUGUGGUUUUGAUACUGAAGAUCAUCGACUUAUUUGCUUC